AUGAAAACGGUGCCGGGUUUACUUCAAGGUCUGUCUUACUGCAGACUUAUAGCGAUGAAAUCGUCCACGUCGAGAUAUUGGACAAAUCUCAGUGGCGCGAUUGUCUCGUCAAGUUCAAAUCUCCGUUCAACAAGGACAGUAGAAAGACACUUCUCUAUGUUGACAUGUGGAGUAAAGCCGUCAAACAGUGUGUUAUGUAACACUAGAGAACGGUACAACUGCCAUAUAACACCAAAUUUGUCAACAUGCCCAGUUUUUUAUAGAAACUAUACAGGCAGAAAACCUAGGUUUAUGAAAGCGCCUCACGUUUUAAUGCCAGACUUCCCAGUGGUUUUGGUUCCGACUUUUAGGCAGUUUCUAUACCAAGGAAGCAAAGAUGCGAAAGACAUAAAAGCAAUCAUCGCCAUUGAAAAGGAUUUCGUGGUCGAAGAGUUUUUAAAAAGGGCUUAUAAGGGAACAUUAACUGUAGCAGAUUUAUUGGCUUCAAGAAAGGUAUCAGAUGUAGAAGAACUCUUUACUCCAGAGGCAUACAGACAAGUAGCAAUGAACUAUGAUAAGCUGACACCAGAACAUUUCGCGGUUCUACACGACCUUAGUGAAAAGAAGUUGUUACUUACUUUCAAGUUUCACCAUGUUCAAAUGAUUUUUAAUAUGUCUGAAGAGGAGCCUGCUGUGAAAGUGAACGUGAAGUUUCUGAUGUCAUUCUUCAGUUGCUUUCUGGAAAAUAAACGAGUCACAGAAUUAUUCAUUAACACUGCAGGGUUUGACAGGCAAUAUAUUUCAAGAAUUGACAAAUCGAUGCUGGCAACACCAUCCAAGAUAAAAAAAUUUAAAGCAGGGAUUAUGUCUACUUUAACAGACCUACACUUUGAAUCAGAUGACUAUUGGAAGAUUUUGGGAAUCACAUUCUGCCAUGUGCUCAGGGAUAAUCGCAAAGUAACCUUAAUAUAAAUUGGUAAUGUUAUCUAUGUUUUACAUCUCAAAUAUGUUUGUAAAUUACAGUUAAAUAAAAUAGAAUCCUUCCUAGUGUAAAGGAAUGUGUUUUACUGUGAUAUUAUUGUUUACAUGUUUAUAUACUUAAUUACAACUCAUCAAUCAUUUCUGUAAUCUGCAUUCAUCAAAAAAAUCUACAAGCAAAAUCAGUAGAUUACACACUCUCAAGCGAUUAGAACCUAGGUGUGUGAUUAAAACCUACCCAGAAAGUGAGUAGGAUUACAGAUACAAAGUGUGUGAUUAAAACCUACCCAGAAAGUGAGUAGGAUUACAGAU